CUCCUCCUUUGCUCCCUCCCCGUACACCUACCAAGCAGGCCAACACCUCCGACCUCCGAGGUCGUCAAACAACAUGGCUAACCCCGUCGACUCAAAGUCGACCGGCGGCGACCUCGCAGAGAUUGAGGCGCAUCACGCCGACGUCGACCGUAGCGCCGACCUCGACGAGAAGGCGAAGCCCGCCGCAUACAAGGCAGAUGCCAUCGAGGCAGAGAACGCGGAGCAUGACAUGGGGGUGCUGGAGGCCGUUAAACUCUACCCGAUGGCCACCUUCUGGGCCUUCAUCAUGUCCUCAACGAUUAUUAUGGAGUCCUACUGUGUCUUCCUCAUGGGCGCUUUCGUCGCCAUGGAUCAAUUCAAGCAAGAGUACGGCGUCAAAGAUAAAGAUGGCAACUGGCAAAUUGUCGCAUCGUGGCAGUCUGCGCUCCAGAUGGGCGGCCCUCUCGGUGCCAUCAUUGGCGUCUGCCUCGCCGGGCCCCUCACCAACCGCAUCGGAUACCGCUGGGCCACCGUCCUGGGCCUCAUGUUGCUGAACGCCUUCAUCUUCGUCUUCUACUUUGCCAAAUCGCUGGCCGUCAUGUUCGUCAGUCAGCUUCUGGAAGGCGUGCCGUGGGGCAUCUUCAUCGCCAACGCACCAGCUUACUGCAGCGAGAUCGUGCCGAUCAAACUGAGAGCCCCUGCUACUCAGAUGCUGCAGAUGUUCUGGGCCGUUGGCGCUAUCAUUGUGGGUGGCGUCUGCUACGUAUACGAGAGCAAGAACGACGCCUCUGCGUACAGGGUUCCCAUUGCGCUCCAAUGGAUGUUCCCCACCCCCCUCGCGAUCCUCCUCUAUCUGGCUCCCGAGUCGCCUUGGUGGCUGGUUCGGAAGGGACGUCUGGAGGAGGCUGCAGUUUCGGUUCGACGCCUUGGGCGCGCGUCGGUGCUCACGAACCUUGACGAGUCGGUCGCCAUGAUGCGCCGUACUAUUGAGCUCGAGAAGACGGAAAAGGAGCCCAGCUACCUGGAGCUGUUCAGGGGCACUGACACGUACCGCACCCUCAUUGUGUGUGGUGUGUACGCGGCCCAGAAUCUCACGGGUAACCUUAUCGCCAACCAGGCCGUCUACUUCUUCAGACAGGCCGGCAUCGACUCGAACCUUGCCUUCGCCCUCGGUCUCAUCACCUCGGCCCUACAAACCAUUUUCGUCAUGCUCUCCUGGAUUCUUACCACAUAUCUCGGCCGACGAACCAUCUACGUCUGGGGUUCGUUGAUCAACGUCUGCUUCCUGGUCGCUCUCGGCAUUGCAGGCUCCGUCGGCAAGUCCACCGCGGCCACCCUGGCGCAGGCGUCCUUGGGUCUCAUCGUCUCGGUCGGUUUCACCCUGGGACCGGCGCCCGCCUCGUGGGUCAUCAUCGCAGAGACGUCGGCCAUUCGCCUCCGGCCCCUGACGACUGGCAUCGGACGCGCGGCUUACUAUGUUGUGAAUAUUCCGUGCAUCUUCCUCGCAACUUACAUGCUCAACCCGACGGGCGUGGAUCUCGGCGGCAAGUGCGGCUACGUCUGGGGUGCCACUGGGUUCGUCUGCUUCGCCGUGUCGUACUUGUACUUGCCGGAGAUGAAGGGUCGGUCCUUUCGCGAGAUCGACAUCCUGUUCAAGCGUCAUGUCCCGGCUCGCCAGUGGAAGAAGACGGUUGUCGACAUCAACGACGACGAGUAG